AUGACCACUGCUGGUAAUGUCAUCAAGUGCAAGGCAGUAGUAGCCUGGGAGCCCCAGCAGCCUGUGGUGAUUGAGGAGAUAGAGGUAGCACCACCCCAGGCCAAUGAGGUCCGCAUCAAGAUUGUUUCAACAUCGCUGUGCCAUUCAGACUUGUACUGCCUGUCGAAGGUUGUGGAGAAGGAAUUUUUCCCAGUCGUCCUUGGCCAUGAGGCGGCUGGCAUUGUCGAGAGUGUUGGGCCUGGAGUCACAGAAUUUCAGCCAGGAGACAAGGUGAUUCCUCUCUACCUUCCUCAGUGUGGAGAAUGUCGCUUCUGUAAGAGCCCUAAAACAAACCAGUGUUCAUGUUUUCCCUCUAUCUUGUUAAGGACUAGAUUGGGUUCAAAAGAGAUGGCACUGGCAAAGUCCAGGUUUACCUGUAAUGGGCAGAAGCUGCGGCAGUUUAUGGGAGUCAGCACCUUCUCUGAGUACACUGUGACUCAUCAGAUGGCUGUGGCUAAGAUCGACCCUGAUGCUCCUCUGGAUAAAGUCUGCCUCCUUGGGUGUGGGGUCUGCACUGGAUAUGGGGCAGCUGUUAAUACUGCUAAGGUUGAGCCAGGCUCCACCUGUGCUGUGUUUGGUCUGGGCGCUGUGGGUUUGGCUGCAGUCAUGGGCUGUGAGGCUGCAGGAGCCAAAAGGAUUAUUGUUGUUGACAUCAACCCAGACAAGUUUGAGAAAGCCAGGGAGUUUGGCGCUACUGACUUCGUCAAUCCCAAUGAUCACAAUAAACCCAUCAGCCAAGUGCUGAUGGAGAUGACUGGUGGAGGUGUAGACUACUCCUUGGAAUGUGUUGGUGAUGUGGAAUGCAUGGUAGGUGCUUUGGAGUCCUGUGUGAAAGGCUGGGGCGUCAGUGUGAUCGUGGGAUUGACAGACAUGCAAGACGUAGCCACCCGACCUCUUCAGCUCACCUUAGGACGUACAUGGACCGGCUGCCUGUUUGGAGGAUUUAAAAGUAAGGAUGCUGUUCCUAAGAUGGUGAAAGACUACCUGGAAAAGAAACUGAAGCUGGAUGAGUUUAUCAGUCACACUAUGACUAUGGAUGAAAUCAAUGAUGCCAUUGACCUGAUGAAGCAAGGCAAAUGCAUCCGGACAGUUAUGAGUGUUUGUCCAGAAUGA